AGAAGCCAGCCAGAAGUUUGGGAUUGAGAAGUGAAAAUAACACAAGGACCUGAAAGUUAAUCGAAGGAGCCAGAGGAGACUUGUGAUUAAAAAAAAGGAAGAGCAACAGGAAAAAUAGCGAAGAUGGGGAGGAAAAAGAUUCAGAUAGCUCGGAUUAUGGAUGAACGGAAUCGACAUGUGACGUUCACGAAGCGUAAGUUUGGCCUGAUGAAGAAAGCAUACGAGCUGAGCGUGCUGUGCGACUGCGAGAUCGCCCUCAUCAUCUUCAACAGCACCAACAAGCUGUUUCAGUACGCCAGCACCGACAUGGACAAAGUUCUGCUCAAAUAUACCGAAUACAAUGAGCCGCAUGAGAGCCGGACCAACUCUGACAUCGUGGACACGCUGCGUAAGAAGGGUUUAAACGGCUGUGACAGCCCCGACAUCGAGGCCGACGACUCUGCUGGCCAGAGCCCAGAGUCGGACGACAAGUACCGCAAAAUCAACGAAGACAUCGACCUGAUGAUUAACAGGCAGAGACUCUGUCAGGGUCUGCCUCCAUCCAGCUAUGACAUGGGGGUGUCCCUUCCCGGUGGCAACCCCGGUGGGCUGCUGUACUCCCACCAGGGCAUUGGGGGGGGUCUGGGCAACCACAACGUGCUGCCCAUGUCACACUCCUCCCUGCAGAGAAACAGCCUGUCCCCUCAGCGGCCCUCCAGCACUGGGAACGCAGGUCUGAUGGGUUCAGAGCUGCCCAGCACUGUGGUCUCCAGUGUCGGAAAUGGCAGCUACAACCACUGCAGCUCCCCCGGCCUGAUGUCUCCAGCAGGAGUCUCCAAGAACAUGCAGGACAAGAGUCCUCCUUCAAUGAGCAUGAGCCGCAAACCCGACCUGCGAACACUGAUGCCGCCCUCCAACAAGUGCAACAACAUGCCGACUGUUAACCAGAGAAUAAAUCACUCCCAGACCGCUCAGACGCUGUCCACUCCUGCAGUCUCUCUCUCUGCUGCCACGGUGCCUGGUCAGGGGAUGGGCGGUUAUCCUUCUGCACUGUCCUCCUCCUACGGCACAGAGUUCUCCCUCGGCACCGACCUGUCCUCUCUGUCUGGGUUUGGAAGUUCUGGUCUCGGAUCAGUGACAAGCUGGCAGCAGCAGCAGAUACAGAAUCUACAGCAUUCUGCGCUCGGACACAUGGGGAACUUGUGCCAGAACUCGAACCUCAACCUACCCUCCAGCCAUCAGAACCUCCACAUCAAGUCUGAGCCAGCAUCCCCUCCCAGAGACCGGAGCGUUGGCAUGAUGGGCGUGGGACUUGGAGGAGGCGUCACCACGGCUGGAUACUCCAUCGCCGGCAGGGGUCCCCACGAACCGGGCCGCUCCCCCGGCGACAGCGCAUCCAGCUGCGGGAGCUCGUACGAAGGCAGCGAGGACCGUGACGAUCACCACGGCAACGACAGCUUCCUUCUCCGACCUUUGCCUAAUCAGGAUGAGCGCCACAGCCCGUCAGUCAAACGGAUGAGGCUAACGGAGGGUUGGGCGACAUGAUUGGAGUCAGUCUGCAACCAGAAGGGAGGGAAAUGUUAGUAAAGUUACCUUAUAGUGUUAUUAUUAUUAUUAUUAUUAUGAUUAUUAAUAAUAUCAUAUUCUUGUACUGAGUGGGUGUGCUAUAUGUGUAAUGGUAACAUGUACAUGGGGGGGGAGGGGGGGCUGUUUUGUAUGAAUACAGUGAUGCUCUGCUGUAUUUACAUGUACUGUAGGUAGACUUCACACUAGAGGAAUGACUUCUUGGAGAUCAGGGCCGGUUUACAAAACUUGUAAGAAAUUGAUUCUGCAGUUUGGCUUAUGUGUCAAAAAUUCUCAGUUAACAGGUGGAGCUUCAUCUUGUCUUUAUGUGUAAAACUUACAGUUAACUGUCAGUCACAAAGUACAAUUUCUAUACAAUUUAUCACUAAACAUACUCAAAUAAAAUGGAGAUA